AUGACAGAUAAAUAUAAAGUUUCUGAAAAGAAAGCAUUUAAAGUUAAAGUUAAAGAAGGAAGUAAUAAUCAAGAAGUAGAAUACGAAAUUACUGUAGAAGAAUGUGCGAUGGAUUAUACCGGUGAUUACAAAACCGAUACAGUAGUUACAAUUGAUGGAAAGAAAAAAAAAGUUGGCGAUACUACUGGCACACCUGCAGCUUGCAAACUAAAAGGAAAAGUUAAAAGAGGAUUCAUGUCUGACUCGGUUGAACUUGAAGAACUUGAUAAUGUUAAAAUAGAAAGUGGUGAAAAAGAUGUAUCAAUAAAAGAAUUACAAAAAAAUAUUGAAGUGUUGUUGGAGGAAAAGAAAGACAUGGAAGUAAUAGAAGUAGAUGCCGAAAAAUUUCCUAGACUAGCCCAAAAUCCGGAAUUUAAUGUUCUUUCCGUGCCUACUAUUUUUCUGUUCCGAAAGGGACAGGAAAAAUGGGUGGGAAAAAAAAGCGGAAGUCUAAAUGGCGCGGCAUUUCGGUUAUUGAGAGGCGUAGUUCAAUUGGUAGAACAUCGGCCUUCAGUUCCGAUUGUUGUGGGUUCAAGUCCUGCCGCCUCUGCCAAAUUGCCCAGGAGGCGCUGUUGGCUAGGCGCGUGGGGCUUAAGCCCUCAUCCUUUAUGGUUCGCGAGUUCGAAUCUCGCCUUGGGCACCACUUUGGAAUGGGAAAAAAAUAACCUCUCCAAUUUCGAGUUCUGUUCGAUUCCUACUGUGAGUACCAUUAAGGUUCUAUGGUAUAGUGAUUUCGGAAAAGCAACCCGACCCGGAAGCAGCAACCAAGUUGAAAUCAAAUUUCUAAUUGAUAAAGUAGUUCGGCAAAGAAUAGAACUUUUUAGCAAUGGUAAACCAGUAACUCGAUAUGCCGAUUUAGACCUAAUUGAUAAAGCCAAAAGAGAGAUUUGUAUAGAUUUAUUAAAAGAAAGAUAUAAAUCAGUUUUAGAACAUGAUUAUGAUUGUAGAGACAAGGAUAUAGCUUAUAAUUUCACCAUAAUUGGCAAGGAUAAAAUCAAUAUAACUGUUCGGAAAAAGGGUGAAAUUAAUAGCGAUAAAAUAACUUACGAGAAUGAAAUGAUAAAAGAAAUCGAACCAAUUUUUUAUCUAACUACUGCGGUUAGAUUAGAUGAUACAAGCGAAUAUCAAAAAGAUAUUUUUGAAAAAAGAUUUGACGUUGAAUUAGAGGCGAAAGUAGCCAAGAAAAAAAAAAAAGCCCGAGAUAGUGGUAAUUAUUUAGAGUAUUUAGGGUUUCAUAAUCCUCAUAGCGGAGAAACAAACCUCAAAAAAGAAAGCAUUAAAAAAUGGUUAGAGAAAGGAGCUCAGCCUGCUGACUCUAAAUUACUUAAAAGUUUAUUAGAAAAAUAUCUUUAA